AUGCCCAUCGUUGGACAGCAAUAUGGAAAUGGCUUUAGGCCAUAUAGCUCCUUUCGAGUGCCACGAGGUAGUUGUUUAAAUCACAACGGAGCAGGAACUACUACAACAACAACAACACCGGCAGUGGGUACAACUGACCACCCUGUAAGCAACAGAACAAUGGUCAAGUCUAUGCCAGGAGGCGGUCGUGGUAUCAAUCACAGUAACAAAAACAAUAACAACGGCAUCAAUACAACAUCAUCAUCCUCAACGGCUUCUUCGACCUUAUCGAUUAAUCAGCAAGGAGGAGGAGGUGGAGGAACUGUUGGUGGUAGCAACUUUAGUCGUCAACAGCCAUGGCGGAGCAGCUACUGUAGCAGUAAUCGUCACAAAUUGACAGGAGAUCAACGCCAGCAGCAGCAGCAGCAACAACAACAACAACAACCUCUUCAGCGUUUGGUGGUCAAUAAUAUUGUUAAACCACUGACACCAAAGUUAAUUCGUCGCAUUGAGACAACCUGCUCAUCGUCUGCGGCCACACGCCAUGGUCAUGGUCAUGGCCAUGGUAAGGCCAAAGCUCCAGCUCCCCCUACGGCAACAGCAGCGGCACCACCUACGCCCAACACUGCCCGUAAACAGUAUCAGCCAUUAGCCAGUGGUGCAAAUAUCUCACAGAAACGCACCUAUCAAGCGGGUAAAUCCACGAAAGAGAAUUGCCCCACGCGUCUCACACAGCGUUCCAGCAAGAAUUAUCCGGCCCCGUUGCCACCAGCAUCAGCAGCAGCAGCGGCGGCAGCAGCACGUAAGCAGAACAAUGAUCUCACAGCGAAAACCACUCCUCUUGUACAGCGUAGGCAGUUGCCAGCCACGCCCAAGCUGAAUCUCAGACAGCGUAAUGGCGGAGGAAGAGCUGGAGGAGGAGGUGGUGGAGGAGACUCCUCGACAGGCUCCAGCGAUUCGCAUGACUCGCCACGCUUGAAAAAAGCCUACUCCAACAAGUUCCCUCAAGGUUUGCCCUUUGAAGAGGAGUUCUAUGGACGCAAUCGCUCCUUCUCGCAAUCCUCCAGUAAUUAUAGUUUCUACAGCUCUGUGGGAGCUCCCAUUCGUGAUAAUGACAACGAUGAUGAUGACGAUGUCGAGUAUGAUGAGUUCCAACGCAAACCUGCCACCGAUGAAUCCCUUUAUGUAGACUUCUCAAAGCUGGUCAGCCAGCAACAGUUUGUCCCGGCCAGCUCCUGGAUACGUGCCUCCCCAGACAUUGAAGACGAGCUCCUGCUACGCAGGAAGCCACCAACUAGUCAAUUAACCCAGGCCCAGCAACGACGCAAGAGUUCCCGCUCCAUGCAUGAAUAUCUCUACAGUGAUGACAAUGACAAGAUCAACCAGGCUAAGCAUCGCUUGUCUGUGGUAGACGAGCCGGAGGAUGGCUAUUACAGCUAUGCAGCCGGCACACCUGAACCACCCCAUGGUGCCGCCACUCCACCACCGCCCACACAACAACAAAGGACGGACAUCUAUGUGGCAGCAGCUUCGUGGGCACCCAAGCCGCUCUAUCCCGAUCGCGUGCUGUUGCCAUCAUCUACAACGGAUAGCAACAACAAUAGCAAACAACAACAACAGCAACAGCAGCGCCGUCGGCACGAGCACUUGGGGUCCACGACGUGUGAGUAUAACUUUGAUGACAGUAUCUCUUCCCGCCGACGUAAGGAGCGCUCAAAGCGUUCGCAUCGUAAAUCGCCUGCCUCGAGCAGGCGACAACACAAAUACCGUUACAGGGACGAGACCUCACAUUCGAGCUCUCGUCGCCGGCAUCGUGAUCGGCCCAAGGAUGAGCGUGACAGUGGACGCAAUAAUCGCCAAUCGCAAUCUAAGCGUUAUCUGGAAAAGUCUCAACUGGUAGCCGAGCAUUUUGAGGACGCUCAGAUUCCAUGUUACAUUAAAAUGCGUGAAUUGCCUGCACCGCCGCGUCGCGAUCAUUGUGCCGAUCUAUUGUGGCAAAGCUCACAAUUGUGCUUGAGGCCUUAUACAGAGGAUUGGAUUGUGAUUGAGUAUUUUGCCGAUCACGAUAGUGACUAUCUUCAAUUGGAGCAACAAUUUCUAAAGAAUGCGCCGCCGCCGUCGCAAGUGUUAUCAAAUGGAAAUCAUCAUCAUCAUAAUGAUGAUGAGGAAUAUGAUGAUUAUUAUGUCAAUGGCGAUGGGGACGAGAGACCCAUCACACGAUGCCUGCUAUUGAAAAGGCAACGGAAUCACUUUGAUUUGGUUGCCCAAUGUGAUAUGCCAGUGGACAAGUAUGCCGGCGAUAAUUGGAUUGUCGAGGAGUAUUUUGUUGAUCAUAACGAUGACUAUCUAGUGAGUGAGUGA